CGCCCGCCACACCACGCCACCGUAGUCAUGGAUCGAACUGCUUAGGCGCUGUCACCUCCACCGCGGCUGCUCGUCCCUCGCGCCCUCCUCUCCCCCGCGGCUGCUGUGCCCUAGGCGACGAUGGCCUCGGCUACUCCGGCAGGCGACGAUGGCCAGGGCGAUGCGAGCGGCGGCGACCUCCCCCGCUUAGGCCUCGAUGGGAGUGGUUGCUACUCCAGCUCGGAGUACAGUAGCGAGGACGAAGAUUUUGCGGAGCCGGCGUUGUCGAUGGAGCAGAGGCUGAAGAUGGCGCGAAUUUGGUUGGCCAACCCUAGCACCGCCCAUCAGUGGACUCAUGGCAUCGGUGGUGUUCUGUAAGUGUUCCAUUGUUCCAUCUUUGCAAACUGAAAUUGGGGAUUAGGGUUAGGGUUUACUGCCUGGUUUACUGUCUGCAUGUUUAGCACUCUAAUUGCUAGUUCCUAAGUAGAGCAGAGAAGUAUAUUGGAUUACAUGAGUCCUAACUAGAGCAGAGCAGAGCAGCAUUAGUGGAUUACAUUGUUAUUUCUUAGUCCAAAUUGUCAGAGCAGCAUUAGGUGUUACCUAGUUAGAGCAGAGCAGAGCAGAGAAGCAUAGUGGAUUAAAUCAUUCCUAACUAGAGCAGAGCACCAUUAGUUAACUUAAACAAAGCUUUGUUUAUAUGUUAACUUAAGCAAAGCUUUGUUUAUAUGUUAACUUAAAAAAUUCCUAACUAGAGCAGAGUCCAAAUUAUAUGUUAACUUAAACAAAGCUUUGUUUAUAUGUUAGCCUAUCUGUUAAGUAAAAUUGUUUAUUAACCAUUUUUUCUGUUAUUUCAUUUUGCAGUUUGUAUGAUGACAUUUUGGAUGUUAGGUUCUAUUUUGAUGCUUCAGAAAUGUUUGAGUUGAAGCUCUGCAGUUCAGAUGUAACAUACCUGAAUAUGAUUGCAGUGAUGGAAACCCAAGGAUUUAGUGAAUAUGAUCUGCUGUUUCACAUUGAGAAUCCACAAUUAGGGGAGAAAGGAUUGGAGAUGGUAGAGUGUAAUGCUGAGUUGCAAUUAGUAAAGAAGCAGGUUGAGGAGUCUAAGGUCUUAAAUUUGCUAGUGAGGGCAUGUCCACCUCCUUGCAGCCAGUUUGAGAGGCAAGAAUUAUCCACUGUUGUGUAUGAAGAGCCUGUGUUAUAUGAUCUCAGUGAGGCACCCAUCUAUGCUGUUAAUGAAGAAGGAGUUGCAUUUGAAAGUCAGAGUAGUAGCUACAGUGUAGCUCAUGGUACUGGUCUUUGCACACAAGAGAGCAAGAAUGUAAAAGGAAAAAUGAAAGCUGUUAUGGAAAUAGAAGAAGAAGAGGGAUAUGUUGGCAGUGGUGGUUCUGAUUGUGAAGGUGAAGAGGACAUUGAUGUACCACCUUUUUAUAUGGGUGAUGCUGAUGACAUAGAGAUGGCUGAGGGAAAGAAACAGAAAGAGUAUGAUGAAAUGGAAGAGGAAGAAACAGAUGAUGAAGAAUCUGAGGAGGAAGAAGUUGUGCAUUAUGAGGGUGACACAGAGGUUGAGGAACCUUUUCAAAUGGAUGAAGAUGACAAAGUUGUUUCACAGGAUGUAGAAACUGUAAUUGUACAUGAAGAGAAGAAGAAGAAGAAACAGAAGCUUCCAGUUAGGAGAGGGCCUACAACAAGGUCACAUUCAAGUGUAGUAUCAGAGGAGGAACCUGAUUUCAAACCUUCAUCUGAUGAAGAAGAGAAAGGAUUGUUGAAGGAGGCUGAUGAUGAUGGUUUUGAGCCAUUGUCAUUUGUGCUGCCAAAGAAAAGGAAAAGCAGGGCAAAGCAGAGGCCUCCUAGAAAAUGGUACAAUGAGAAAAUGGAUGCACCACAUGAGCAAUUAUGUCUACACAUGUGUUUCUUGGAUCAACAUCAAUUCAGAGAGGCUUUGUUGAACCUACACAUCACUCAAGAAAGAAACUUCAGAUAUCAUAGGAACUCAGAUCAAAGAAUAAUUGUAGAAUGCAACCAAAAAAAUUGCAACUUCUUUAUGGUGGCAGCAGUUAUAAAAGGUGAAACUACUUUUGUAAUUAAGAAGAUGAGAAUUAAGCACACUUGCCCUACUAGUACAGAGACAACAAGGGUAAGUGCCAAGUGGCUUGCACAGAAGUAUGAGUCACUGUUCAGAUCUGAUCUAACAACUGGCAUUCAGACUUUGAUUGAUGCUUGCAUGGAGAAGUAUGGUGUGGAUGUGCCCAAGUCAAUGGCAUAUAGAGCAAAGAACAUAGCUAUUGAUGCUGUGCUAGGAGACCACAAGAAGCAAUACCCUAGGUUGAAAGACUAUGCUCAGACAGUGAUGGAUACAAACCCUGGGAGUAGAGUAGUAGUCACUACUGUAACUCCAACACCCACUGAAAAAAUCCCCCAUCCAGGUCCAAGAUUCCAUGCUAUGUUCUAUUGCAUCAAUGGAGCAAGGGAGGGGUUUCUCAAGGGGUGCAGACCAUUCAUUGGUGUUGAUGGGUGCUUCAUUAAGUUAACUACUGGUGCUCAACUACUUGCUGCCACUGGUAGAGAUGGCAACAACAAUAUAUACCCACUAGCAUUUGGUAUUGUUGGGCAAGAGGACACACCUAACUGGUGUUGGUUUCUACACCAACUUAAAAUCUGCCUAGGAGGAGAAGAGGGACAGUUUGGUCCAUAUACAAUAAUGUCAGAUAGACAAAAGGGCCUACUAAAUGCAGUGAAUGCUGUCUUUCCUAAGUGCAACCAAAGGUUCUGCCUUAGGCAUAUCUAUGCAAACUUCCAAAAUGCUGGGUUUAGGGGGGAAGAUCUGAAGAAGUGUAUGGAUAAUGCUGCCUAUGCAUAUAGUGAACACAAAUUUAACAUUGCAAUGAAUGACCUUAGAGCUGAAUGUCAGGAAGCUUGGGAGUGGCUUUGUCAAAUACCCAAGAAAACAUGGGCAAGGCAUGCAUUUGACACAAACUGCAAGACUGACCUUGUAGUUAACAAUUUGUCUGAGGUGUUCAACAAGUAUGUCCUAGAUGUUAGGAAGAAACCAAUUAGGACAAUGUGUGAUGGAAUAAAGGAUAAACAGAUGAUGAGGUGGCAUAGGAAUAGGGAGAGUGCAAAGACAGCUAGAUGGGACAUAACACCCCAUUAUAGUGAGAAGCUAGAGGUUGAGAAGGAGAGGGCCAAAUAUUGCAAACCAAUUCAAGCUGGUGUGAACUUGUGGCAGGUUACAAGUGGGCAGCAAACCCAUGCUGUUGACUUGCAAGUGCACACAUGUGGGUGCAGAAAAUGGGACCUCAGUGGCAUCCCAUGUAACCAUGCCAUCUCAGCAAUCAACAAGGGCAAAAGAAAACCAGAGGAUUAUGUCAGCAAGUUCUUCAAGAAAGAAUUUUAUGUGGCAGCUUAUGAACCAAUGAUCUAUCCAGUUCCUGGUGAGCAUGACUGGACAAAGACCCCUGGUCCAGACAUUGACCCACCUGCAUUUAAAGUGAAGAGAGGAAGAAAGAAAGAGAAGAGGAUCAAGGGGAAAUUUGAAGUUCCAAAGCCUAAGGACACAUCAAGAAUGGGGACUAUAACAUGUGGCAAUUGUGAACUGCAAGGACAUAGCCUCUUGCAAGGAAUUCCAAUGGUGGUGGUGCUGCUACUACACCAGCAACAACAACCUCUCAUGCAGCUCCUACAACAACACCAACAGCUGGGAGAGGAGCUGGGAGAGGAGCUGGAAGAGGUGGUGGUAGAGGUGCUGCAGCUGCAGCUGCUGGGAGAGGUGCUGCAGCAGCUCAAGCUGCUGGAAGAGGUGCUGGGAGAGGUGCUGCACCAGGUGCUGCAAGAGGUGUUGGGAGAGGGAGAGGUGCAUUCUCUGCCCCAAGACAAUCUGGUCCCUCCACAUCUACUGCUCCCUCCACAUCUGUUGCUGGGAGAGGUGCUGGUGGUAGACAUACUGGAUGGGGGAGAAUCAAUGCCAUAUAUGGCUUUUGUUGAUGUGGAUGCAACUUAUGAGUGA